CUGGUGCGCCUCUCAGCAAUGGGCCGACAGCGCCUGGUCUACGCUUUUUGGCCACAAGCGCGAAUUCAGUGCAACGGCAACUCUUGAACGAAAAAGCUUUUGCUGGUAGUAGCGCCGCCAAAUAAGAAGGCCAGCCCGUUGACUGCGUUUAGCUGCAACAAUCAACAAGCAAUAACAGUUACAACAUAAACGAAGUGGUCAAAAUCGGUACACACACGCGCGCACAACACUCACACACACACACAUACAUAUUGAACUGCAUACAACAACUACGCUCAAAAGUUGGCCAUAAAAGCCUCGCCGCCAAAAUGCUUCCGUUCCGGCCUGGAGCGGCCUGGCAAACCCUCUUGCUCCUCUGCGCACUGGCCUACUGCAUGAAUGUGGCGAGUGGCGAGGGCCGAGUGGUGUGUUACUACACGAACUGGAGUGUCUAUCGACCGGGCACUGCUAAAUUCAAUCCCCAAAACAUAAAUCCAUAUUUGUGUACACAUUUGGUGUACGCAUUCGGUGGAUUUACCAAGGAUAAUCAAAUGAAGCCGUUUGACAAGUAUCAGGAUAUAGAGCAGGGCGGCUAUGCCAAAUUUACCGGGCUGAAAACCUACAACAAGCAGCUGAAGACGAUGAUUGCCAUUGGCGGCUGGAACGAGGCCUCAUCACGCUUCUCCCCUCUGGUGGCUAGUGCCGAUCGGCGCCAGCAGUUUAUCAAGAACAUCCUGAAGUUCUUGCGCCAGAAUCAUUUCGAUGGCAUCGACUUGGAUUGGGAAUACCCGGCCCAUCGUGAAGGCGGCAAGUCGCGCGAUCGUGAUAACUAUGCGCAAUUCGUGCAGGAACUGAGGGCCGAGUUCGAACGCGAAGCGGAGAAGACAGGCCGCUCCAGGCUGCUGCUCACCAUGGCCGUGCCAGCCGGCAUUGAGUACAUUGACAAGGGCUACGAUGUGCCGAAGCUAAACAAGUAUCUGGAUUGGUUUAAUGUGCUCACCUACGACUUCCAUUCCUCGCAUGAGCCGUCGGUCAAUCAUCAUGCGCCACUCUACUCCCUGGAAGAUGACUCCGAAUACAACUAUGAUGCUGAGUUGAACAUUGACUACUCCAUCAAAUAUUACCUAAAGGCUGGCGCCGAUCGCGACAAGCUGGUCCUGGGCAUACCCACGUACGGACGUUCGUACACGCUGAUCAACGAGGAGAGCACUGAGCUCGGCGCCCCCUCCGAGGGACCAGGCGAACAGGGUGAUGCGACAAGAGAAAAGGGCUAUUUGGCCUACUAUGAGAUUUGUCAGGCACUUAAGGAAGACUCCGAAUGGACUGUGGUGCAGCCAAAUGCCAAUGUCAUGGGCCCAUAUGCCUAUAGACGCAAUCAAUGGGUCGGCUAUGACGACGAGGCCAUAGUGCGCAAGAAGGCCGAGUACGUAGUGGCCCAUGGCUUGGGCGGCAUUAUGUUCUGGGCCAUAGACAACGAUGAUUUCCGUGGCACAUGCAGCGGCAAGCCAUAUCCCCUAAUUGAGGCUGCCAAGGAGGCCAUGUUUGAGGCAUAUGGACUGGGCAUCAAUGAAGUCGCUAAAUCCGUUGGCCCCCAAAAGCCGUUGCGUUCGAGAAGUCGCGAGAAUGGCAUCAGCGGCAGCAGAAAACAUCUGAGCUCCGAAUCAGAGGCAAGCACUCGUGGCUCCAGUGCGACUAGACGACCUGCCAGUAGGGGCAGCACAACGACAACGCCGGCUACGACCACUUUUAAGCUGACCGAGCCCAAAGGAUCGUCGCUGUACAUUGGCGGCAGGGGCUUGACGACGCCAGCGCCGCCGACAACGCCGGAUCCCGGCUCGGACUUCAAGUGCGAGGAGGAGGGCUUCUUCCAGCACCCGCGCGACUGCAAGAAGUACUACUGGUGCUUAGACAGCGGUCCGUCUGGCCUGGGCAUUGUAGCUCAUCAGUUUACAUGUCCAUCCGGACUUUACUUCAAUCCCGCGGCCGAUUCGUGCGAUUUCGCGCGUAAUGUGCCAUGCAAGACUAAGAAAUCGACAACUGCUGCGCCAGUGACAUCGACGACCAGCACGACAACAACAACGCAACGAGCAACCAGUAGCUACAAUCGGGUUACGGCAGCGCCAGUUGCUCGACCUGUCUACCCACGCGUCACUAGCACCAGCAGCACGACAACAACCACAACCACAACCGCAUCGCCAGUGGAAGAGGAGCUCGAGUACGAAGAGGAAGUCGAUAAUGCCCAAACAUCGAGCAAGUCCAGCGAUGCUGAAGAGGAUCCCCAGGUCAUCAAAGAGCUAAUCGAUCUUAUUCGCAAGGUUGGCGGCAUCGAGCAGCUGGAGAAGCACUUGCUGCGCAACAAGGAUGGCUCCAUAACGCUCAAAGAGAACUUUUCUAGCGGCGCACCCACAACACCCUCGACCAUCAGCAAGUCACUGUAUGAUCGUGUCCUCAAUCGCCCAGAGACAUUGGGCACAUUUUCACGCAAUCGCUUCAAUGCUGUGAAGGUACAGUCGACCGAAACUACGGUGGCCGAGGACAGCAGCUCGCAAGUCGGCAAUUCCAAAUACUCUUCGGUGCUGCGCGGCAACAGCCGGCAGGGGCCACAGAACGAGGGCCUGGAAAAGCUAGCCGAAUUCGAUGGCUUCCUCAAGGAACGUAAGCAGUACGUGACCAUAAAUCGCAAUCGGGUUGCCACGCGCGAUGACGAAGAAGGCGAAGUCUCCUCGAGAGACGAGACCGAAGCAAGCGAGGAAGAAGAAGACGAACGAUUCCAUACAACCAGGCGUCCGAUCAGCUCUGCCACGCCAUCCUACACCAGCUUGCGACGCUCCCGGCCCACCACAACAACAUCGGCAACGCCUGUCGAGUCGGUGACAGAGCUGGAGCAGACGUUCGCCAGCCGGGAACAGACGCAGACAAAGCAAUAUGCCACCCUCAGCCGCAACCGUGGACGCACCACAGAACGUCCCCAAAGCACAGCCUCAGAGCCAGAAGUUAGCUCGAUAACCAAUCGCUACAAAUAUUUGGAACGCACGCGACCCACAAAGAGCAGCGCCGAUGUCACUGUCGGGAUCGAUGCAAGUGAACACGAUGCCGAGGAAGAUGAGGACGAGUACGAGGAUGAGCCACAACAGAAAAAUGUAACGGUACCAAGAAAUAAAAGCAACAACACAGCAACAACAAAUACACGUAAAUACGCGAGCAUUGGCCGCAGAACCACAACAACAACCACAACAACAACAACAACAGUCACAACAACACCAGAAACAACAACAACAACAAGUGUCAGCGGCGCUGAGACAGCCAAGGCCAGCACUAUCAACAACAACAACAACAGCAGCAACACUGUGAAAAUUAACAACGUAGCCGGAACCACACCAGCACCACUCAGCACCCAACCAGAUAUAACCACUACAACAGCCACUAUCAUUAACGAAACCACUGAACCAAUUGAGAGCACCAUCACUACUAAUAUCCAAACUACUAGUACCACCAACACCCACUCGCCCACACCCACACCCACACCCACACCCACAACCACAACCACAACCACACCCACGCCUACUGUAGCAUCCACUAUCCAAGUACCAACCACCAACAGCAUCGACUCCUUGAGCUUGGCUGAAGGCAUUAACGAUAUGUUAGAGCUGCCAUUGAGCACUUUGCCGCCAGCCAAUGACCCAAGCGAGGACGAGCAGAGCCCAGCCCUUGACUUCAAGACUAACAAAUUAACAGAAGCUGCGGCACCGACGACAACGGCAACUGCAACAACGACGCAGCCUGAACUGCUCAAGACAGUCAACAACAACGACAAAGACGACGACGACGGCGACAGGGACAACGACAACGACAACGACAAUCAGAUAAACAAUCUUGAUAACGAGGUAACAACAACCACAACAGCAACUAAGACACAAUCUAAGUACACAGCCAGUCGCAGACGCAUAAACACAAGCAACAACAACAACAACAACAACAACCGUAACAGAAACAAUGCAGCAGCAGCAACAGCAACAGCAACAGUCAACGAUGCUAGUCUCAAUGUUGGUAACUCUCCUGGUUUGAGUAGAGUCGAUCCUAGUGUAAAUAUCAUUAGAAACACCUACUCAGGUAGAAGGCAACAACAACCACAAAGAAAAACAACCAAACAACCUGAACAGAACACAACCGAACUACCUUUGAGCCCAACUAACACCGACUCGCUGGGUGGCAUAUCUAGUCCAAGACCCUUUGGUUAUCCCAGACGUCGCACACGUCCCACUAAACCACAAUCCGUAACCAUAACAACAAACAGCACUGUUAAUAAUAACGAUAACGAUAACGAUAGCGAUAGCGAAAACAAGACACAAAUUGAUGAUGUUGCGAGCAUAGGCAAAACGCGUCUGUCCACUGUGGAUAGGCCCAAGAAUCGAUAUCAAGUGAGCCGCACUAGAGGCACCACGACCACAACGACACCCAGAGCAACAGCCUCAACGACAGCGGCAACAGCAAAUACACGACGUUUGUCCUUUGGCUCACGCAGCCGCGUUCAGGUAACUAAAUUAUCUAUAGUCGAUGACGAUUCAUCACAUGAUGAUGAUGAUGAUGAUGAUGAUGAUGAAGAAGCUGAUGCCACAGAGACGACAACUGUUGCUCCAACAGUGACAACAGCAGCGACGCCGAGCACUAAGCCCACAUUGAAACGCAUACGAGUACUUAAAUAUCGACGACCGCUUAAGUCUAUUGAUAGUAGCAAUAGUACAGCCACCACCAACACCAGCACCACUAAUAGCGCCAAUACCACAUACACUGAGAACAACACAAACACAAUUACAUUAGCAAACAACACGACGAAACGUUUCCGGAAAAUUGUGCGCAAGCUUAGGCCAGUUGCGGUAAGCACCGAGUCAACUAAGCUGGGCAACGGGGAGCCAUCUGGAGUUGUGGGGGAAACCACUACGACCACACGCAAGCCGUUCCUACCCAGCCGCUCCCGCUUCGGCGGUGAGUCGCACAACGAUGAGGACGAAGAUAAUAAGGACGAACAGAAAGUAACGGCGCCAGCAGAGCGACAACCCUUCGACUUGCAGCGGUUGCGCAACCGACUCAAGAGCCAACAGUCCCGAGGUGAGCCGGCCGAUGGGGUGCUCAGCAGUAAGCUGCAGGGUAGCGAAGAGGAGAAUGACGGUGAAGGCAGCUCAGCAUUGCAGCAGCUGCGCGAUAAGGUCAAGGCCGAGCAAGCACGUGGCAGUGGGGAGCAGGGUGUUAUAAAUGAUAAGCUAAAGAAACUGUUGGUCGAGAAGGCCACUGCCAGCAACAGCAGCAGCAGCAGCAAUGCCAUCAUUGAUGAUGCUGAGAAGAUUCCCAGCUCAACGGCCAAAUCCACUUUACGUCCGGCUUUCCGACGUAAACUGGUGGCCAAGCGACCCUAUGUGCCGCCAGCUAGCAAUACGCCAACCAAAGCCCCUCUAAACCUGAACAGCACACGGCCCACACCCAAGUUUGUGCGUCGUAAGAACGGACGCUUCGAUCCCUUCAACUCGAACGUGCGUAACAAGGGCGAGGGCUUUGUGCGCAACGAUCCUAGAGGAGCGCGACUACCGGGCACCGAUCGCUUCAAGCAGCAAGACACCGAAGAAGAAGGCAACAACGACGAAGCUGACGACGUGGAAUACGAGAAGCAGCAGGAACAUCCACCGGUACUCAUUAAGACUAGCCUGCUGGGCAGUCAGGCGGCGGUGAGAAGACCUUUCGCUCCCAAAAAUAAACAACCUAAGACAGAGGCAAACAGUGAUAAGAGCGAGGAAGAAUAUGAAGACAACGAUGAUGCCGAUGACGAUGACGACGACGAUGACGACGAUGACGAUGACGAGGACAACGAGCAAGACGAUGAGCAGAAUGCCAAUCAAACGGCUUCCGGCCAGGAGCCACAGCCAGGCGACAGCACGAGCAAGCCGCCAACUCCCGCCUAUCGAGCCAAGGACAAUCGCGUACUGCCCGGUAGUCGACCGAGCUUCUCGCCAACCGCCAGUGGUGCGAGUCCCAGUAGUGGCAAUGUGCCUUUCAAUCCGCGCAACCGCCAGCCCAAUUCCAGCCAAAGUACCCCCUCGGCACCUGGCAAUCGUUUCGGCGGCAGCAAUCGCCCGCGAGUGAUAAACCGUCCUUCCGGCGUGGCGACACCCAACUUAACGCUGCGUCCUGUGGCCAAGAACUAUGAGCGCACCACUCCGCUAACCCCCAUCAAGCCAGCGCCUUUCAUACCCAGCAGCAAUCGUAGCUACGAGCGCAAGUACACGGGUCCCUCCACGGAGGCACCGGAAGUUGCCAGCGAGAACUCGUUGAUCGAGGACUUGAAUAUCGAUGCGCUCAAUGCACGCAACAAGAAGAUCUUCGACAUAAACAGCAAGAAGCAUACGACCCUUAAGCCCAAAGCGGCCGCUAAGGCUGAGGCAGACCUAGAAAGUGAAACUGAAAGUGCUCUAGAGAGGGAAGAGGACGACGAGCAGCAGCAACAGUAUCAGGGCUAUGUGACUACCACACCAACCACACCAACAACAAAUCCAACAUCAACACAGUCAACAGACACCACAAACACUGAAACCGCAAACGAAAACGAAAAUGAAAACGAACAGACACAAAUCGUGUCCCAUGUUCCAAUGCAUGCUAAUGAAGCCACAAACAUCUCUUCACUCCCACAGGACAAAGAGACGGGCACGUUGUCGUUGACAACGCAGUCGCCACCGCCAGCGACGACGCUGCUGCAUGUCUUUACCCUGGUCGAGGGCGAGGCCGAGGAGGAGCAGGAGCCCACCGGGCGGCCAUUGGGUAGUAAGACCACCGCUGUGGAGCCCAAGCACAAGCUCAUCGAAAUCAAUCGCAUUGUAGAGAUUAACUCGAAGCAGGCCAAGGCCGCCCAGCGCAAGUCCAAGGCCAAUCAAGACUUCGGCACGCUGCGCGUCGAGUCGCUGCCCCACGUCGAGCAGCUAGGUGAGAUAAGUGUGGUGAAAUACGUGCAUUUGGUGGACGGCAGCGAUAUCCAGAUAAACGACGGCCACAGCACCGUUGCGGAUUACACGCCCACGGAGCCCAGCGUGGCCAAGAGCUCGGCGCCAGUGCGCAACAGCCUGCCGCAGAGCGAGGGCGACAGCGAGCCGGAGCGCAAUGGCAAGUCGCUGCUGCCGGAGGUCAUACGCGGUGCCUUCGAAACGUCGACCAUAUCGCUCGAAGGACUAUUUGACUCGGAGCGUAAGGCCAAGCAGCUGAGCUUCAAUAGCAUCGGCCAGGAGAGCAACACUGAGAAUCAGCUGGACGUCGAACUGGAUACGAUUAACAGCACCGAGCUGCCAACUGUGGCGCCGGCAUUGCCAACCCUCACAUACGUAAGACCCAUUGUACCCCUACUUCGUCCCGAAUCCAAUGAAUCCUCACCCCUAAUCAUCUCGAUAGCCAAUCUCGACAAGGUCAUCUUAAGCAAGGUGCAAGCGCCGGAGGGCGAGUCAGAUGCCAGUGCAGCAGCUGCGAACGGCAUCGACGACAGCAGCAGCAGCACCCUGUUGCCGCCAACCAGCAGCGCCGAGCAUGCCACCGACAUUCCCUCCGAUUCGAAUUCAGCGUUUUCUGUGCGGCAUGCGUCCGUGUUGCAGGCGCCGAUCGAUAAUCGGCUAACGGACCUACACAAACAAACGACAAACUAUACACUAGACACAAAUGGCGCUAUUAGUGGCAUUGAUAACAACAACAACAACAACAUCAACAACAACAACAACAGCAGCAACAACAACAUGAACAACAUGAACAACAUUCAUACAGCAACAACACUUACCAAUAGUAGCAGCAUUAGCGAAAAGAUCAGCUACAGCACCGAAACGCAUGUGGUGCGUCGCAAGAAGUCGCGUCGUGGGCGUGGCCGGCGACUGCGUCAACGUCACAAUGCAACAACAACAACAACAACAGCAACAACAACAACAACAACAGCCACUACCACAUUGGCGCCCUAAGUCUGGUGCAACACACAAACAAAACGUAGUUAUUUCUAGUCUUAUUUUUGUACAGAGAGAGAGACGAACGCAUUAAGCUUCACACACUGUCGCCCUGUAAAUAUUCGGCUGCGUAACUCUGUCCUUUAAAUUUAGCUGAUUUUUUGCUAAUCUUGCAAUAACAAAAUCAAAAAAGAAAAAGUGUUUUUCCAUUCAUUUUCCAACAACAACAACAACAAGAAUUUGCUGCUUUUUGAACGCUAUUAAACUUUGUAUUCUUCAAGCUGCCAUUUAAGAAAUAACAAUAAUAUACAUACAUACACACGCCCACACAUCUACUUACACACACACACGCUCACACACACACACACACAUGCAGUAAUGAAAUGCAAUGACUUUUCCCCAAUUGGUUCAAUGAAAACUCUAACGA